AUGGGGGAAUCAAGGCAAGAGCUUCUGCAUUGGCUCAAUAGCUUACUGCAACUCAAUGUCACACGGAUCGAGCAGUGCGGCACGGGUGCUGCGCUUUGUCAAAUCUUCGACUCAAUCUACAUGGACAUCCCAAUGGCUCGAGUAAAGUUCAACGUCAAUACCGAGUACGCGUACAUACAAAACUUCAAGAUUCUACAAAACGCAUUCACAAGACACGGCAUAGAGCGAACCGUGCCCAUAGAGUCUCUCGUCAAGUGCAAGAUGCAGGAUAAUCUGGAGUUCAUGCAAUGGACGAAACGGUACUGGGAUCAAUACUUUCCUGGCCACGACUACGAUGCCGUCGGUCGACGCAAAGGCUCCGGUCCAACCUCCGCCGCAAUGCCGGCUGCCGCGCCUCGAACAUCAGCGGUUCGUGCUGCGCCGAAGCCUUCUGCCAAUUCGUCUACCACACGAGCCGCCGGUCGUGUAGGCUCAGCAACAGGGGGUGCUGCAGUCGGAGCAAGCUCUGCGGCAUUAGCUAUGCGACAAGAGAACGAGAACAUGAAGGAGGCCAUUGCUGGGCUGGAGAAGGAGCGAGACUUCUACUUUAGCAAGUUGAGAGACAUCGAGUUGUUGCUGCAGACCGCAAUUGAGCAGGAUCCGGAGAUCGAGAAGGAGGAAGGUGGGCUGGUCCAAAACAUCCAGGCGAUUUUGUACAGCACCGAGGAGGGCUUUGAAAUUCCAGAUGCUGAAGAGGGCGCGAAUGGGGACGAGCCUGACACGUUUUGA